AUGAUGAUUAAAUCGAAGUAAACAGUGAAUAUGAAAGUAAGUUAAAAAUCUGAAAAUGCUUUGCAAUAUUAGAAAUUUAACUUAUUAGAUAAAAAAAUAUAUGAGAAACAAAAUGAAUACUAAGACAGGAAUUGGAUGUUAAUAAAGGAGGCUGAAGAGCAGAUAUUAAAUUGCAAAUUGUAAUAUUUAAAAGAAUAUGAGACAAGAAAAUAAAGCAAUAUUGAAAUUUUAAAUCAUUUCAAACAAAAUCUAAUAUAAAUGAAAUAAUAAAUGUUUAACAAAAUUGAAGAAAUAAUAUCUUUUAUAAACAAUCAAUUAACUCGUCUUUCUAAUAUAAAACUUGAGAAAGAUGAUUUAUGUUAAGAUGGAUCCAAUUAGAAUUUGGAUUAUAUUGAAAGCACAUAUACAAAAUUAAAUCAAAAAUCAUUUAAUUUUAGUGAAAUCGAAAUUCAUUUAUAAUAGCAAUUAAAAACAUUAGAUAUAUAAGAAUUUUUGAAAUACCAUGAAUAAAUGUUAGAAAGCAUUAGAUGUGAGAAUAAGAAUAAUUUUAAAGAAUAUAUACCUUUUGGGAUAGAUUAAAUGUAAUUAAAUAAUCUUUGGGUAUGCGAUAAGCACAAAUUAUAAUUGAUGUUUGUAGAUCUAAAACAAAAAAGCGUUGUUCCUGAUAGAAUAGCUUGUGCCUAUUGUGUUCCUGAAUAUUUAGUAUAGUUCACUAAUUUUGAUUAAUUUAAGAUGAUGUGGAAUCAGUGGAUUUAAAAUAUUUCAAAUUAUUCAAAUCUGCAAGAUAGAAAUUUUAAUAAUAGUAUCUAAUCAGCUCUUUAAUAGAUAAUUUAGUUAAAAGACUCAUUUAAUAAUUUAACUGAUGAAUCGAUAAUUGCUUUGAAAAGCCUUACUCUUAAUCGAAGCAUAAUACUAGAGUAAUUGUUGUAACUUAUUAAAAAGGAAUGGCAAUAAUAUUCAAAAAUUGAAAUAAUUUAAAUUGCCAAUAUUCUGAGUCAAUAAAAUAAAUAAAAUGAAUUAAAUUAAUAACUUCAAUCAGAAUUGAAUGCAAAAUUGUAAUAAAUUUAAGAUAUAAAAAAUGAAUUAUUUAUCAAUCUAUAAUAGAAAUUUUCUGAUUUAAAAUUACUGUAAUGUUCCUUACCUAUUGAAGAAAAGAAUGGAAAAUAUUUAAAAAUAUCAUUUAAAAAAGAAAUUCAGUCCUAGACAAAAGAAUUAGAAUAAAACAAUAAUUUCAGUCCUCUAAUUGAACCUUUUUAAUAUGAACUUUUAAAGAAGAGCUCAUUAAAGGAAGAUAAAAUAUAUUCAAUUACAUUUAGUUAAGAUUCUUCUUUAAUAAUGACUGGUUAUUCUCAUGGAUAAAUCAAAGUCUUUCAAUUUAGAAAUGGAUAUAUGAAACAAAACUAGAUUUUAUAGAAUCAUUAAGGGAUUGUUAAUUGUUUGCAUAUCUUAAAUAGUUGUAAAUAGUUUGUUUCAGGAGGAGCAGAUAAAACUAUCAUCAUAUGGUAAAUUAAUGAAAAAAAAUAAUGGGUAUGUUUAUAAAUUUUAUAAAGACACACUGAUUGCAUUAGAUGUAUUAUUUCAAAUAGUCAUGAAGAUUUAAUAAUCUCGAGUGGAGAUGAUUCAACAAUCUAAUUCUGGAAUAAAGACCUUCAAUGGAAUUGGCAAUAAAGAUUACUUGGACAUAGAAACAAAGUGGAGAGUAUUUCUUUGAACAAUUAGAGCACUAAAUUGAUAUCUUGUGCAUACAUGGACUAUACAAUCUUAGUUAGUGAAAGAGUUUAAUAAGAUUAAGAAUGGAUAAUUAUUUAGACAAUUAAGGUUGACAACUGGGGUUAAAGUUUAUGCUUUAUGAAUGAUAUAUUGUUUUCUUUUUAACCAUCAAGGUCUGAAACCUUAUUUAUUUAUGAAUUUGAUAAAGAAACUAAUAAUUUUUAAAAAAUCAAAGAAGUCAGAAUAAAAUCAGGAUAUUAAUCAGAUUCUGUAUUUUCUUUGUAGUUUAUCAAAUAAAACUCUAUGAUACUUAAUAAAACAGGCUAUUUUAUUAACUUAAUUAAAUUUAAAUAAAAUGGUGAUUUUAUAAAUGGACAAUCUAUUAAAUAUCAAACUCAAUAUAUUCAAGGAGCUUUGACGAAUGAUGGGUAGUAUUUAGUAACUUGGGAUGAAGAAACAAAAGAAUUAUAGGUUAGAUAAUGUAAAAAUUGA